GCCAAGAGCGGCCACCCGCUGCACCGCGCGUUCCUGGAGGCGGCGCAGCAGGCCGGCUACCCCCUCACCGAGGACAUGAACGGCUUCCAGCAAGAGGGCUUCGGCUGGAUGGACAUGACCAUCUACGAAGGCAAGCGCUGGAGCACGGCCUGUGCGUACCUGCACCCAGCGCUGAGCCGCCCCAACCUCACGGCUGAGGCCCAGACGUUUGUGAGGAGGGUGCUGUUUGAAGGCACCCGUGCAGUGGGCGUGGAGUAUGUCAAGAAUGGCCAGAGCCAGCGGGCUUAUGCCAGCAAGGAGGUGAUUCUGAGUGGAGGUGCCAUCAACUCUCCGCAGCUGCUCAUGCUCUCCGGCGUGGGCAACGCAGACGACCUCAAGAAACUGGGCAUCUCGGUGGUGUGCCACCUUCCUGGGGUUGGCCAGAACUUGCAAGACCACCUGGAGGUGUACAUCCAGCAGGCGUGCACCCGCCCCAUCACCCUCCACUCUGCGCAGAAGCCCUUGAGGAAGGUCCGGAUUGGCCUGGAGUGGCUCUGGAAGUUCACAGGGGAUGGAGCCACAGCCCAUUUGGAGACAGGUGGGUUCAUCCGGAGCCAGGCAGGUGUCCCCCAUCCGGACAUCCAGUUCCACUUCCUGCCGUCCCAGGUGAUCGACCACGGGCGGGUUCCCGCGCAGCAGGAGGCUUACCAGGUGCACGUGGGGACCAUGCGGGGCACAAGUGUGGGCUGGCUCAAACUGAGAAGUGCCAACCCCCACGACCACCCUGUGAUCCAGCCCAACUACUUGUCAACAGAAGCUGACAUUGAUGACUUCCGGCGGUGUGUGAGGCUAACUAGGGAAAUUUUUGCACAGAAAGCCCUGGCACCAUUCCGGGGGCAGGAACUCCAGCCAGGAAGCCACAUCCAGUCAGAUACAGAGAUAGACGCUUUCGUGCGAGCAAAAGCAGACAGCGCCUACCACCCGGCAUGCACCUGCAAGAUGGGCCAGCCCUCUGACCCCAGUGCAGUGGUGGACCCGCAGACCAGGGUGCUCGGGGUGGAAAACCUCCGGGUGGUCGAUGCCUCCAUCAUGCCCAGUGUGGUCAGUGGCAACCUGAACGCCCCCACCAUCAUGAUCGCAGAGAAGGCAGCUGACAUCAUUAGGGGGCGGCCGGCACUCUGGGACGAGAAUGUCCCUGUCUACAAGCCCAGGACCCUGGCCACCCAGCGUUGAGGCUAUCUCUGCCUGAGAAGGCCCAGCACAGCCCUUGCUUCAAAUACUCUUCCCUGAACUUCUCUAGCAUGUCAUGAUUCAGUGGCUGAGAACUGGGUAAUUUCUUAAGAAAUGAGACCAGUACUGGACAGUGAAUCAGGUUCCUUCUUCCCAGCAUGUCCCUGUGGGCCCACUGGGGAAGGCCAGCGUUCUGGUUGGGGUCCCUCUUCCCUGCCUUCUGGUGGGACAGCAGAGGGGAGGGGAGUCUGGUGGAGAAGGGUUAACUCCUACCAGGUCCUUGCCUUCUAUUCCAUGGUGCUCUCCAACCCAGCGUCCUGCCUGCUGCCUCCCUUGGCCCAGGAGGACUUGAAGAAGGUGGUUCUUGCUGGAGGCAAGCUCCUCAAAGAGCAGGGUGCUGGCACGGAGGCUGGGGCGUCCUCCUGGCUGAAAACUGGAAGUGCAGCCGCAAUGGGCACAGCCUCCAGCAUCCCCGUCCAGAAGGAAAAGCUGCCUGCUGGGAGACACAGGCUGCUCCUCCCUCUGCCACUUCCUGGCUUCAGUCCCACAGCGAGGCAGGAACCCGUGCUCAGGCAGGUCCUGCUGAAGGGCUUGCCACCCGCGUCUUGAUGCUCGGUUCUUAUUAACGUCAUCCGCCCGAUGAGAGGAGUUCCGGACCUUGUUCCAGGAAACGAGUCUGGAAGGCUUCUUCACUACCAUAGGUUUCAUGAUUUAGCACUUUUAAAGAUUCUCCUGUUGCCAGGAAACCUAGAAACCCAGAGCAAACCUGCAUCCCUGGCCCCGCUCCAUGCAGACCUGCGAGGCUGAGAGGAGGCCUCCCUCAGCCUGGGGAGCGGAGCGGCUCCGCAGCGGCCAGGGCUGGCUAGUUCUCAUCCUCCCCACGUCCAUGGGCCAGGCGGGAGCCAGACUGAUGGAAGAAGCAGUCAAGUGAAACUGUGAUCCUGAUCCUGUAAAAAACACAACUGAGUGAAAGAAAAAUAAAUUGGUGAAGAUUUGAGGUUAGGGGGAAAACAAAUACAAAGUAGCAUUUAAAACAGCUCUCUGAUCUUUAAAUUUAUAAUUCAGCAAUGCAAUUCUGUAACUUAUUUUUGAACUGAGAUGCCUUAUCCGUACUGUUGUUACAAGGUAAUGAAAACUUGAAAACACUUUGGAUUGAUUUUUCUGGCGAUACCCAGUCUGUGGCAGGAAAGAUAAUUGCAGUUUUAGUCCAACCUGUCGUGCUGGGCCCAGAAUCAGGAAGGGAGGAAAGUGGAACAUUCCAGGCUUCACCCAGAUCACAGUGGACUGAGGUGGCUUGGAGGCCUGACAGCUGCAAUUUAUGUUUCUGAGAAAGAUUCCAGAAAAGUGGAAAGAAGAAAACUGUCACACCUUGCUUCCUUUAAAAAUGUGUAAGGAAUUCUUGUUUAAUCUGAACUGUAUCUUUAUUUUCUGUUCCAAGGGAGGGUCAAGAAAGAAAAUUUUAAAUCUGCCAAGAGCCUUCUUUCUCCUAGAGACGUCUCCACCUGCCCCACAGGCAUCUGUUGGGUCUUGGAGCCUCCUGCAGGGAUUAAGGAGCAGCAGGAGUGCAGGUGCCAGCCCACCACUCUGAGGGCCACGAAGUGACACCUUAGGGGUAUGUGUGUGUGUGUGUGUGGGGGGGGGUCCCAGGCCUGACCGUGACUGCUGAUCUCUGGUGCUGGUCAUUCAUUCUGCCACCUCUGCGUGCCAGGCCGGGCCCAGCCUCUGACACAGUGGCUGACUUGGUAGAUGGUGACAUACCACAAGGAGCCUGUACGGUCGGAGGGACAUGCAGGCCCCGCUCCCCCGCCUGCUUCCCAGGCCUUGUUCCGCAUGAGCCCACGGCACCGCCACACACAGAAAUACCUUUCACAGGAGACCAUGAGUGUCAGAGACCCGGCACCCCACAGGAAAACUGCUGUUGGGGUUCAGACCGCGGACAGAAUAUUGUGACCACAAGUGGUUCCUCACUCGAGCCCUGACAGGUGAGUGCUGUGGCCAUCUGGGCAGAGAGGAGCAGUGUCCCAGCAAUGGGGUGUCUGAAAGUCCCACUACCACGAGGGAACCUUCCACCUCAGAAGGGAGGGUCGUUGGCUGAGGAAGCCAGAGACGGAGGAUGACCACAGUCAAGAGGCCCAAGGGCACAGAGACCAGCCGGCACUCAGCCUCUCGAGGAACCGGGGAGACUGUCAGGUAAGCCCCUUAGCUGCAAGCUUGCAAGACCCUCAACAUGGAAAAAUGUACAUUUAAGGAAAAAUGUACAUUAAAAAAAAUGGUUGAAAAAGCCUAACAGAAAGCUGUGCCCAGGCUUUGAGGAACACGGACCCACGUGAAGAAGCCAGUGUUUAAGCUGCAGCCUCAACAGGUCAUUCGUGGUUGGAAAAAGGGGCAAAGGAGCAGCCUACCUGCAGGUGACCAGGAAAUGGCAGGUCCCGAAGCGGGGCUCUGGUGCCUUCAUGUGCGGCCCUUCUGUUUCCAGUGCAGGCUCAGGAAUUGUCCAUAAAUUCAAAUAGAGUCUCCUCUCCAUCCAAACCAUGGUCUUCUGCCCAAAGGUUGUUUCUUAUUUCCACUGAACAGCUGAACAUCAGAUCUCAUAGUAGGAGCUUUUCUCUUAAAAGCCAGAGAAAAGCACACAGCCUUCCCCACUGGCCCUGAACUGAGACCCGGGCAGUCUCCCAGGGGAGCUCCUGCCCCCGGCCCCGCGGGGCGCCCUCAAGGCCACUUAACACUGUUGUUUCCCUGCUGGAAGCAAAGGCCCCAGGUCUGCUCCUCUUUCUCACCUGCCUCCUAGUCCCAGUAGGAAAGGAGUAUCAUUUUAGAGAAAUUAAAACUUUUUCAACAGGUGAAGGCACAGCAGGAGUCUGCGUCUAGGGAGGCUAAUAAAGGAACUGGAACUCUGUGACACUAACCAGUUUUCAGAACAAACUGACCACACAGCCUCACAAUGAAAACCUUUGAGGAAGACAGGCAAACACACUUACUUAGGACUGAAAAACAAACAGUAUGACAUUAACUGCUCUGGUUUCUCUCCUAAGUGCAGGAUCAGCCAUAAAGUAGGUUCGCUGGGCAGCUGAAGCCCACUCUGUACACCGAGAAGCUUCUGGGGCCUUUGCAAUGCACCCCUCCCAGCCUUGGCCCGAUUCUGAAACAUUUCAGGGUGGAGCUGGGAGGUGCCUUCUGGCUCGGCUGUCUGAUGGAAAUCACGGAGACAGCUGUUAAUGAAGUUCUUGCGUGUCAGUAGUUAGAGCUGCCAUUUCCAUCUUAUGCUAUCACAGAAAACACAAGAUGGAAAAAAACAAUGUACUAUUCCUGGGGACAUGACAAAAUGACUUUUUAGGGGUGGGGAGAGGAACCAAAGAGGAGAGACAUUUAAUCUUAAAACUCCUAAAAGGUAAAAACCAUGCUCUGCAACUUCAAGUUUUUCUCACAAAGGAAAAUUUAAUGUUAGCUGACAGACAUGAGGAGUGGUGCAGCCUGUAAAAAUGCCAGGUUUUAAGUGCUGACUAGGAAAGGUCAUCACCUGUGCCAAGAAGUGCGUCCGGGCAGGGCAGUCGUGGACGGAUGACAGUAAGCCACACAGUCAACCAGUACCCGGUGGAGAGACAGAGUCCGAGAUGACAGUGUCAGUGAGUUAGCCCUUUAGGAGAAACAGUGCUACCUGCAGCUGGUGUUAAGUUAACGUUGGCAUCCAAGGAGCUGUGAGGAUAAGAAAAAUCUACAUAAUUACAGACUUGUCCUCAGAGUACCUGCCCCUUUUGAAGCUUUCACUGACGAACACCAGCUCUUUGCAAGGAGAGCUCCCAAAUACAAUAAAAUUAUUACACAGUUUGAUUUUACAUUUUAAUAAAAAGAAUUUACGUCAGGAAAUAGUCAUUUACAAACCUUGAAGUGUUUUUGCCUGGAUCUGGAGUAAGAAUGUCUUAAGAAGAGGUUUGUAAGGUCUUCAUAACAAAGUGUUAUUUACAAAACCAAACCCCCCAAAAAAACAUUAAUAGAUGAUAUAAUUAAAAAUUUCAAACCAAAAAUUGCUACCAGUCUUUUUGACUGCAGGGAAUCCC